AUGACCCUGCAGGACAAAUGCGACAAGCUCGAUUGUCAGGAGACGAUGAAUGACGAGGGAUCGUGUAUUAGAAUCCGAUCGCUGGUCACUGCUCUCAAGGGUGCUCAACAAGCGGAUCUCAAUCUCAUGAAAGAAACCAUCGACUCUG